GGUGACAAAUCUGAGCCGUACGCUCCUCAUCUCGGUUCCGCUUUCCUCAUCCGCUUCCGUUUCGCUCGUUAUUAAUGCGCGGAAACCCCAUUUUUCUCCCUUCCUUUUCUCCUCCUCCCUCUUCGCUUUGGGGUUUAAGCGGCGAAGAGAUCGAGAAAGCGAAGAGAGGGCGAGGAGAGAUCGAAGGCGAGGCGUGGAUUUAUGUCGUCUGGUUCCUUCGAUUUAUUGUUUCUCGCUGCCAAAAGUAUCGAAGCUUUAGAUCGGCAUCUCUCCGUCUGCUGUGUCAUCGGUGGUAUUGUCUUCUCGCUCUUUCUCUCCUCCCGCCCCUUCGGCUCCUCCCCUCUCCGCAUGCGACAGAGGCCCGAGGGAUCGAGGAAGACGGAUUCGAUGCGAUAUACAAGGGUUGGUUUUGGAGUGAAGUACUUCGGAUUUCAGCAUAUAGAUCUGUGUAUUUUCCUCCUCAUCUUCUUGCGAGGAGCCCUCACUUGACAGAGAGAACGAGAACUUCACCUUUUUUUUUUCUUUUCUUUUUUUGGUUUCUUGGAAAGAGAAAUGCCGCCGCUUCAGUGCCUCCUCCUAAGGCAGCAAGAAAAGAUGCAGAAGAGGAGAGGGAGGAAGCAACUUUACCGAUCUGGUUCCACUUCCCAACUCGAAUCUAAGCUCUUCGCCAGAAGACUUCGCGUCAUUUUCGACGAUCCCGACGCAACCGAGUCGAGCGACGACGAGGGCGUGAACCGUUCCUGCCGCAGGAAGAGGGCGACUGUCGAGCUGCGGUUACCUGGUACCUUCCCCUUCCUUCAAUCGGAUGCCUCGUCGCAGGAGAGCAGCAGGAGGAACAACAAAACUCCGAAAUUCCUGCGGAGGCCCAAGGUCAAAACCCUCUGCUCGGUGACUUCGUCUUCCACCACGUCCGCCGUCAGGUUUAAGGGCGUCAGGCAGCGGCCGUGGGGGAAAUGGGCCGCGGAGAUCCGCGACCCCAUCCGCGGCGUCAGGCUUUGGCUCGGUACUUACGACACCGCGGAGGCUGCCGCCGCCGCCUACGCGGCCGCCGCGCUCCGUUUCCAGACCGAGAAGAAGAACCUGUCGGUCGCCUCUGCCAACUCCACCACCACCUCGUCAUCUCCCUCCAUGCGCUCGGACGCCGUCGCUGUGGCGGCUCCUUCCUCUCCAUCCUCCGUGCUCGACGUCUCCGCCUCCGCCUCCGGAGUCGCGGAUGAUGGCCGUGAUUCAUCUUCAAUUGCCCAACACGCUGCGGAGGAGCCAUCCAUCGCGGACCUCUUCGAGGGGCAAGGGCUGCCGCUCCCGACCUGCGACGCAGAGUUCGCUUUCGGGUCGGACUUGUUCAUUCUUGGCGAUAUCGGGUCGGAGCUGCUCCCUAACGAAUUCCUCCGCCUAGAGGACCUUCCCGACAUGGACGACGACAUCGUCGGCGGCGAUUUCCCCUCCCUCGAGGCCCUUAACCAGUGGAUGGACAUCGAUUUCUGAGGGACUAGGGGAUGAUAAUUUUGCAGCUUAGUUUCCAUUCAAGAGUUAUUAUUAUUAUUAUUAUUAUUAUUAUUAUUAUUAUGGUGACUGCUAGUACAAUAGGAUAUGAAAUUGUGAGGUUGCUAUUGUUGGAGAGUUUGGUGAGGGGAAGAGACGAAGAAAGAGUUUGGUGUUGUGAGGGUUUCAGUUUUGGAGCGUGAGCGAACAAUUCUUGGGAUUUUCCGGAGCUGUAAGAGCCGCCCCCAAGAAGACUUGUUGUCACCUAACCAUGCUCUCUCUGUCUCUUCUCCUCAUCUGUCGCUGCUUUGUGUUUGUCAUUCAAACUGUGUGUUGGAAUCUGUCAUCCAUUGUUUGUGAA